GCUAAAGAACUUCCAGUGUAAAAAAUUUAUAACAAUUCAAUAAUGCAAACCACUAACGCUUAAUCAGGUGGCCACUUAAACAUGUAUGAAAAACUGCUGUUUUAUGUGCGAUUCGUCCCGUUUCCAUGGUUCCAUGGCCAAACAAAACUGAAGGUAUUUUUCCGAAACACCCACUCCGCCCAAAUGCUUUUGCUCUAGUGCUCUAGUCUCGGACUGUGAUUCGAUGUAACAGCAUUUUCCUCUGCAAAUUGUUUAUUUGUUAUCGUUACCGAGAACGGAUUGAAGGCAGCUGAAAAAAAAUUCGUUCAUAAAUUUUAAUUUGAUGUGAUACAGAGUAAAAUUAAUUUAUUAUAAGCGAGAAAAAGAAGUUGAUGAACAUCAAAUUAACAAACGAAGUUUUUUAUUCUCGCCUGAGGUUUCCAAGUUUGUUCAAUUACACUUUUACAUCGAUGAAUCAAAGGGGAACAAGAAUGGCGACCAAAUCAUCGUCGGCGACGUUCGGAGUUGGUGUUCGGUUCCUUUCGGGUAUGAGAGCUGUAAAAAGUGCACCCUGCAUUCGACCUGUUCCAGCAUUUUCGAUCGAGUCCCUCCAGAAGAACACUUUCGUGAUGGGUCCUCCUAAAACACAGAAGUAUAAAGUCAUAAUCCAGCCGAAGGCAACCUCAUUCCGAAUGUACUACGACCGAGGAGAUUUGCCAAUCAAAAUGGAGUAUCUAACCGGUGGAGACAAAAUUGCCUGGACCGUCGAUAUCGACAAGUUAGAUUAUAGUUUGUAUCUGCCUCUGUUCUUUGAUGGUUUAUCGGAAACAAGGCAUCCAUAUAAAACCUACGCCCGGCAAGGUGUGCAGGAUUUGCUAACACAUGGUGGAGAUAAAAUUUAUUCUGUGAUACCACAGCUUAUUAUACCGAUCAAAAAUGCCCUUAAUACACGUAACAUCGAGGUCAUGUGCGUCACAUUGAAAAUUAUCCAGCAGCUAGUAAUGGCAUCAGAUCUCAUCGGGCCGGCCCUGGUACCAUUCUACCGACAACUGCUACCAAUGUUCAAUGCCUAUAAGGUGAAAAAUAUAAACUCCGGUGACGCAAUUGACUACGCACAAAAAAACAACAUGAAUGUGGGCGACUUGAUCGACGAGACGCUCCAGGUGUUAGAACGUCAUGGUGGCGAAGAUGCUUUCAUCAAUAUCAAAUAUAUGGUGCCGACGUAUGAGUCUUGUUAUUUGAACUAAAUGCGCUACGUUACUAGUGAGGAUCGUUACUCCGGAAAGGAAGAGUUGAAUAUCCAUUGAUGUAGCAUGAAUAUCGUAGUAACUUUUAACUGUAGGAUUAACUUCAUUAAUGAGGAUAAAGUAAUGCUAGUUAGGAAAGUGCCAAAGUAGUUAAGUUUAAAGAUGAAUUCGAACAGGUAGGUUUUAAAUUAUAGUGCAAUGAACAAUUGCAAUGUUCUGAAUAGCAGAGCAUAUCCAAAUAUGCCACAAUCAUUAGUAAUCUAAUUAUUAGCAGACAAACAGCGUUUAGUCAUUCAUUAUAUCGUUAUAAUGUUUUCAUAAUAUGUUAUUUAAUUUAGUUACGGUCAGCUUCGAUUAGGUAAUACUGAAAGUAGUGCAAUACAGAUCGUAUUCCAGUGGAUACAAUUGUAUAACCGUUUUUAAAUAGUAGUUACAUUUUAGUAUCUGGACUUUGUUUGGCGUACAUGACUUCUAUUUUGUUUUUGUAUGUAUUGGAAUUACGGAAUGUUUCUUGAUAUAUGAAACUACG